CGCCUACCCCCUCCCCCCCGCUGGGUCCUAGCGCCUGCCCCUCCCUGGCAGUAUCCCGGGCUCCGUCGGCGAGAGCAGCUGCCGCUGACGCCACGGAGCCAACCCAAGUUCGUUAAGAGAAGCUCCGUGCACUGAAGCCAUGGAGGUGGAGUCCCCGGAGGCCCGGUCCUCCGCCCCCGCCCCCGCUCCCGGCUACAAGCGCUCCGGCCGCCGCUACAAGUGCCUGUCCUGUACUAAGACAUUUCCAAAUGCACCUAGGGCAGCGCGUCACGCUGCCACACAUGGUCCUGUAGACUGCACAGAGGAGGUAGCGGAAGCGAAGCUGAAGCCGGAGACAGACCCCAAAGCAGAGGAUGCUGGCGGGGAGAAGGUGUCAGGUGCAUCGGCUAAGCCUCGGCCUUAUGCAUGCCCGCUGUGCCCCAAGGCCUAUAAAACGGCCCCCGAGCUGCGCAGUCACGGUCGCAGCCACACUGGCGAAAAGCCCUUCCCUUGCCCCGAGUGUGGCCGCCGCUUCAUGCAGCCGGUGUGCCUGCGCGUGCACCUGGCCUCGCACGCCGGAGAGCUGCCCUUCCGCUGCGCUCACUGCCCAAAGGCCUACGGCGCGCUCUCCAAGCUCAAGAUUCACCAGCGUGGUCACACGGGCGAGCGGCCCUACGCUUGCGCCGACUGCGGCAAGAGCUUCGCGGACCCGUCGGUGUUCCGCAAACACCGGCGCACGCACGCGGGCCUGCGGCCCUACGGCUGCGAGCGCUGCGGCAAGGCCUACGCGGAGCUCAAGGACCUACGCAACCACGAGCGGUCCCACACGGGUGAGCGCCCCUUCCUCUGCUCCGAGUGCGGGAAGAGCUUCUCGCGCUCAUCCUCGCUCACGUGCCACCAGCGCAUCCACGCGGCACAGAAGCCCUAUCGCUGUCCAGCCUGUGGCAAGGGCUUCACGCAGCUCAGCUCCUACCAGAGCCACGAGCGCACUCACUCCGGCGAGAAGCCCUUCCUGUGCCCGCGUUGCGGCCGCAUGUUCUCCGAUCCCUCAAGCUUCCGGCGCCACCAGCGGGCACACGAGGGCGUGAAGCCUUACCGCUGCGAGAAGUGCGGCAAAGACUUCCGGCAGCCCGCAGACCUGGCCAUGCACCGGCGGGUGCACACGGGUGACCGGCCGUUCAAGUGCCUGCAGUGUGACAAGACGUUCGUGGCGUCUUGGGACCUCAAGCGCCACGCGUUGGUGCACUCGGGCCAGCGGCCCUUCCGCUGCGAGGAGUGUGGGCGAGCCUUCGCCGAGCGAGCCAGUCUCACUAAGCACAGCCGGGUGCACUCGGGCGAGCGCCCCUUCCACUGUAAUGCCUGCGGGAAGUCCUUCGUGGUAUCAUCAAGCCUGAGGAAGCACGAGCGGACCCAUCGAAGCAGCGAGGCCGCAGGGGCUCCCCCACAGCAGGAGCUGGUCGUGGGGCUGGCACUGCCAGUCAGCGUGGCAGGCGAGGGCUCCACGGCCCCGGCGGCAGGGGCAGGGUUAGGGGAUGCCCCAGCAGGGCUGCUAGGGCUGCCCCCGGAAUCAGGUGGUGUGAUGGCCACCCAGUGGCAAGUGGUGGGCAUGACGGUGGAACAUGUGGAGUGCCAAGAGGCUGGGGUUGGGGAGGCUCCUGGUCCCUUGGGGGGAGCGGGCGAGGUGGGGGGCGAGGAGGUUGAUGAGAAGCCUCCGCAGUUUGUGUGCCGGGAGUGCAAGGAGUCAUUCUCCACACUGACGUUGCUGCGACGGCAUGAGCGCUCACACCCAGAGCUCCGGCCCUUUCCCUGCACCCAGUGCGGCAAGAGCUUCUCUGACCGAGCGGGGCUGCGCAAACACAGCCGCACCCACAGCUCUGUGCGCCCCUAUACCUGCCCCCACUGCCCCAAGGCCUUUCUGAGUGCCAGCGACCUGCGCAAGCACGAGCGCACCCACCCCGUGCCCAUCGGGACCCCCACGCCCCUUGAGCCCCUUGUGGCUUUGCUAGGAAUGCCCGAAGAGGGACCAGCUUGAGGCCCAAGCCCCCUCCACCUCACUCCCAGGAGCCCAUGCGCACUCCCACUCACAGGGUGCCUCCUGAACCUCUCUGCCCCAGCUCACUCUUAGACUCCAGAUCCCUGCCCCCCCAGGCGGCUAGCUCUCCUUGCCAACAAAGAGCUGGGGACAAUGGAGGCGGGCAGCAGCUGUUGAGAGACACGUGUCGCUCUGAGGAAGACUCAUUAAAGCAUUCACUUUGACACUGGGUUGUCUUCUGUGUUUUGGUUGGGGGAAACAGUAGGCGUUUGGGCAUGGGUAAAGUUCAGUGGAGACCCCUGGGUUAACAUCAAAAACCAGAAGGGUCUUUGGCUGCAUUGUUUCCCAAUGUAUAUUUUCAGAAUGUCUUGACGAAGGGUUCCCUGGUCAAGGAAGUACAGGAAAUACCCUGUGCCCUUCUUGGGGAUUGCUGGUGAUCAAAAGUGUAUUCAAGUCAUUGAUAAGUCCAAAAAUGAACAAAUCUGUUUAUCUUUGUUUAGCCUAUUGUUAUUUCAUCAUGGAAACCUUUUACUGAGUAGUUUUUUCCUUUUACAGAUAAUACACUGAGGUCCAAAAUUAGUAUAUUUCCUGUAUAUUGCAGUAACAAACUAGAAAAUCCACUUGGAGGACAAAGGGAUUCCAUUCAUAGGAACAACACAACCCAUAAACUAUAAAGGAAUAAACCUCACAGGAAACAUGCAAAACAUAUAUGAAGCAAAUGGUAUUGCUGUGCUGACGGCUAUAAGCCCUAACUGAAUGGAGACAUACCAUGUACCUGAAUGGAAAGACAUUAUUAAAAAUGUUGAUUCUUCCUAGUUUAAUCCUUAGAUUCACUGUCAUCCAAAAAGGGGUUGUGUUGUUGUUGUUGUUGUUGUUGUUUUUAAAAUUUGUUUGUUUAUUUUAGAGAGAGUGUGCAUGAGUGGGGAAGGGGCAGAGGGGCAAGGAGAG